GAAGCCCUCAAACACACGCACACCACUCAGCAACCUCCGUCCCCAAUCGCCGAAGCGAAGCGAAGCGAAGCGAGCUCCUCUCUCCAGCCCUAGCUCCCAGAACCUCGUCAUCGUCGUCGUCUCCACUCUUGGUUCGCUUGAUCUUCCGAUGCGCUGAUCGACGAUGCCGCCAAAGCAGCAGCCUUCCAAAGCCGAGCUUGCGAAGAAGCAGAAGAUCGUCGAGGACAAGACCUUCGGGCUUAAGAACAAGAACAAGAGCAAGAAUGUCCAGAAGUACGUGCAGAACCUCCAGCAAGCGGUGCAGCCCAAGCCUGAUGCUUCCAAGACCGCCGCCAAGAAGAAGAAGGAGGAGGAGAAGGCCAGAGAAAAGGAGCUGAAUGAUCUGUUCAAGGUCGCCGUCAGCCAGCCCAAAGUGCCUGUUGGGGUUGAUCCGAAGUCGAUACUGUGUGAAUUCUUUAAGGCCGGGCAGUGUGUAAAAGGGUUCAAGUGCAAGUUUUCUCAUGAUUUGAAUGUGCAGAGGAAGGGGGAGAAGAUUGACUUGUAUAGCGAUCAGCGUGAUCAAGAAAAGGAAGGGACGAUGGAGGAUUGGGAUCAAGAGACACUGGAGAAGGUCGUGGAGUCAAAGAAAAAGGAGUACAACCAAAACAAACCGACUGAGAUUGUUUGCAAGUACUUCUUGGAAGCGGUUGAAAAGAAGCAAUAUGGAUGGUUUUGGGUUUGCCCAAAUGGUGGGAAGGACUGCCACUACAGGCAUGCUUUACCCCCUGGAUAUGUGUUAAAGUCUCAAAUGAAGGCUUUAUUGGCAGAAGAGUCAGAGAAGAUGCCUAUUGAGGAGGAGAUUGAAAAGGAGCGUGCAAAAGUUGCAACUACCACUCCUAUGACGCCGGAUUUAUUUAUGCAAUGGAAGAAGAAAAAAAUGGACGAAAGAGAAGCUGGUCUGGCUGCAAUGCGGGCAGAGAGGGCAAAGAAUGAUCGGAUGAGUGGUCGUGAGCUGUUCAUGUCAAAUGCCAGCCUAUUUGUGGAUGAUGCCGAGGCUUAUGACAAUUACGAAAGAGAAGAAUCAGAUGCCACUGAAGAGACGGAAAAGAACAAAGAUGACCAAGAAGAGCCUAGUUCAUCCAACCAUGCAGGCGGAGUUGCCGAGGAAGACAUUCCUGAUGAUGAUGAUGAUGAUGAUGACGACGAUGAUGAAUUGGACAUUGAUGAGUUAAAUGAGCUGGAAGCAAGCCUUUCUAGAACAUCUAUUCAAAUCCACGAGCCUUGAAUUGAAGCAUGACCUCGAGAGCUGUAUGAUACAUUUUGGUGUGAGAACUUUGCGGACCCCUGAGCCGACCGCAGCAAUUCUGAAUCAUAGGCCACAAUUCGAAAGCACAAGUCCAUAAUUAUGAUCCUUGUAAACUGUCAACAAGAUGAAGGUUUGUUGCCUGAGGACCAUUUCAAAUAUUCUGUCAGUGUUUAUUCACUCUGCUGUUAAUGACAAUAACUUAAUGAACUUUGCUUGGUGAGUUGUAAGAGAAGCAAGUUUUGAUGCAGUUUCUCCCAACUCGGCCAGACUUUGGAUGCAUGAAAUCGUGUUAGGAGGACAUUUUUGAGUAUAUCGCCCUUGACGCAUGAAAAAUAAGAUUUUUAAUUUUUGUUUGUCACAA